AUGGCCAUGACCGUGUUGUCCUCGCCAACAACCAUCUCUGCACACGCAUCGUCACCAUCGCGCAUCGAUGAACCAUACGCAAGCCGCCCGUUGGAGGCCGCGGCCGACGGCAUUCGCCUCGUCACCAUCGACCCGGAGCUGACGCCCGACGGGCUCCUCUCAUGCCAGCUGCAGACCACAACCUUUGCGCGCCGCCCGCGGUACGAAACGCUCUCGUACCGCUGGGGCGAUGAGUCUUGCCGGUGCAGCAUCGUCGUCGACGGCGCGGAACUGUACGUGACGGCCAACCUGUUCGAGGCGCUGCAGUACUUCCGCACCCACGCGCGCCAGGCGGCCCUCUGGAUCGACGCCAUCUGCAUCAACCAGAGAGACACCCCCGAGCGCAGCAGCCAGCUGCGCAUCAUGCCGCACAUCUACGCGCGCGCCGAGUCGACGCUCGUGUGGCUGGGCGGCCGAUACAUUAACCUGCCCAUCGACCUGGGGCCCGACUCGCCGGGCGCCGAGCCCAACGCCGACAUCAGAGACAGGGUCAUGGCCGACGCCUACUGGCAGCGCGUGUGGAUAUUGCAGGAAAUUGGUAAGGCGCGACGAAUUCACCUCUGCUUCGGCCGCGAGCCCGCCGAAUGGGACGCCUUCAUCUCGUGGAUCCGGCGGCACAACGGGGCCGACCAAGACGACGGUGUAGGUCCCCUGCGUCUGGACCGGCUCCGGAGGCACAAGUACGACGGCAGCUGCUCGCUGCGCCAGCUCCUCGAAAGCCACGCCUCGGCCUUGUCCAAGGACCCCCGGGACAAGAUCUACGGGCUCGUCGGGCUGUCCACCGACGGCCGCGGGUUCCCCAUGGACUACAGCAAGACGCUGCUCGAGGUGUGGUGCGACACGAUGCACUUCAUGAGCCGCCACGAGCUGCUGCCGUCCGACUGCGACGCGCGCGUCCGCUUCUGCCGCCUCGUGCGCGACCUCCUGGGCGGCGAGGCCGCGCUGGGCUCCGUCGGCGGCGUCGUCCAGCUGCGCAACGACGCGGGCGACGAGUCCUUCCACGACUCGCACGGCCGGGCGCCCGCGGGACCGCUGGCCCUCUCGGCGCUGUCCUUCUUCGCCGAGGUCUACGGCGUCGUCGUGUCGCUGGGCCCCUCGGCCAGCGAGCUGCUCUCGUCGCUCGACCUCGUCGACGCCUGGGAGGCCGAGCUGCAGCGCCUGUACCGCGGCGACCUGGACAGCGCGCACAUGGAAAACGACGGCCUGAUGCGCCGCAUCCUCGACAGCCCGGACGGCCGCCUCGUCGCCCUCUCGGGCUUCCAGAACCACAGGGUCGUCUUCCACGGGCCCGAGAUGUACGGCGCCUACUGGCCGUUUAUGCACCGCCGCUCGCCGGGCCCGCCGCCGGGCCUGCAGGGCGCCUGGGCUCACGAGACGGCCACCCCCGACGAGCCCCGGCUGGCCAUGCUCAAGAUGUCCUCGGCCCCGUGGGACCAGACGCCCUACAAGCUGGCGUUUGUGCCGCCCGACACGCGGCAGGGCGACCUCGUCUGCCGCGUCGACGGCCACCCCAUGAAGAGGGUCGUCGUGCGCCCGGCCCCCGAGGACCACUCCAACGACGUGAGGAUGCACAUUUGCGGCACCGCCCUGACUGUCAGGGACGUCCUGGCCGACGGGGGCUUCGACGACGGCAGCGUCCACAUGUCGUAUAAGCUGGACUUGAUGAUGGACGCGAGGACCCUGUACGCCUUGAUUUUCGGGAACCAUGAUGAGCGGCUGGAGACAUUGCUGGAGACACUGCAAGUGCAGUAG